AUGAAGCUCUUCGGCAGUCCAACUCUUGAGAGUCUAGCUCAGGAACUCGAACGAGUUGCAAAUUCAGACUCUGACAGGCCAGAAAUCUCAUUUCAAGAACAGAGUCAAGAGGAAGUUCAGGAACCCCUCCAUUUUGGUGGCCUGGUUGACAUUUCCGCUUUGUUCAUACGACGCAACAACGUUGUCGUCCCUAAAGGCCAACCAUCCCUUCUAUGCAUCCAUUUAAUGGCAAAAAAUGCGUCUUUCUUUGCUCCAUAUUUGAUUAAGCUGCCACAGGGGCUAGAUAGCAUCGCGGUUCAAACUCCUGGCAGAGACAACAGAAUCGACGAUCCUAUCCCAUCGAUUGUCUAUGAAGUUGUAUCCGGGACUCUUGAAGAGAUGGAACUUGUCAUUGGAACCCCGGCCACCAUCUGA